AUGAAUGGCCCCGGAUCUGGCGCUGCUGAUGCAGAGGCCGACAAGUUGAAGGCCCAUGGCAACACCAAAUUGAAGGCCGGGCAAGCGGCCGAGGCUUUGGCUGCUUACCGAUCAGCACUUGCACGCAUCGAGGGCAAGGGCAAGGCAUGGUCACCGCAGCAGGCGAGUCGGGAUGGUGGCGACUCUCGGCUGGAGCAGAUCUUGAGAACGAGGCUCCUCCGAUCUGAAGGGGCAGAAAACAAUCACUGCUUCACAAAGGAGCCCUCCAGAGGAAGCGCAGAUGCGGGCUGCAAGCCAGCAUCUCUCAGUCCACAGGACAAGACGCCGGAGGAUGCUGGUGUCGGGAAGCUCUUCUGUAUGCACAGUGGAGACACUCCCCCGCCCUUGCCCCAGAGAGACGAUCACUUCCCAAGCCCUGGCGACAUGGCCAAGACCGGGAGUGAAGACGAGGCGGAGAGCACCGAUGGCAUGCCAGACAGCCAGGCCGGUGACGGAGAGCUUUCGCACUACGACUGGCAGUUCGAGCUCAUGAACAGCAUGCCCAGAGAGAAGGCCCUCGAAUUGGCCCGGGUUCUGAAGCGCUCCGAGAAGGAGAAGGUCCUCGAGAGUGUGAAGCUGCGGCAAGAAGUUGUCGAGCUGAAGCGGCAGGUGAGCAGGACAUCUUCCAGCUCCGCAAAAACCCGUUGCAUGCUGCUCCUCUCCACGCUGGUGGCCUUGGUGGCCGUGGCAUUCGCGAUGGAUGUCAUACCAUGGCAGCAAGUCUGGGCCAGCAUCGACCAAAAGGUGCCGCAUGACGAAGUGCAGCAUGGCAUCGCCACCACUGAGACGAGACCUGCGCCCGAAGAGGAGUCCCAUGAGAACGCCACCGCGGUGCCGAAAGAUGUGUCCGAGCAGGCUUGGGCAAAUCAGUCUGAGCCCGAUGCUUCCGAUAGUGGCACAAGUUCGACGGCUACGACAACUGCGGUCGCGGCAGCUCAUACGACCCUGGAGCCUGCAGCGCCUGGCUUGGAGCCUGCAGUGCCGACGACUCCGCCUGCUGCGGCAGCACCCGCUCAGCCAGUUUCUCGACAGGUGCCUCUGUGGGCUGCCGAGGUUAGCACCGGCUCUUGCCGUGUCGAGCUUUGGCACAAGGCCCUCUCCCAGGAUCUGGCUGCCACCGGGAUGAUCGAGGCAGAUCUCGGCAAAGCCAUGGCCUUUUUCCCGAAGGUCACGAAGACUUUCCGCUUCGUGCAGAUCUUCGUCACGCGAAGCUUGCUGAAUAACAAGCAGGUCGCGUUACAAGCGAACCUGAACCUUGCGAACGUGGGUGCCGCCGCGUGGCCUCCCACCACGAGACUGAGGCUUAUCCACGGAGCCGGGAUGGGCUUGUGGGGUCUGGAGUUGGGGCAAGCGGUAAUGCCUGGUGCUCAAGUGGAGCUCGCCCUGCAGCUUGAGGUGCCAAAGCGAGGCGAAGGGGAUGGCAACGACUUUGCUCGCCAUGUGUGGGUGUUGGCAGAUUCCAACAACGAGCCCUUUGGCCCCUUGCUGGUAGCAGAGGUGGCUUGGUUGCCCUGA